AGUCCCAUCAGUAAUGCAAGUAAAUAAAUAAAUUCAUUGCGAAUCGUUCAAGGAUUUAUAUUAGAAAUGUUGCACCUAGAGAGGUAUGUGACACGCAUUAAGCCCGCUAUAGAGGGCUUCAUACAACAGCCUAGCAAGGACACUUUGAGACAAGUGGAACGCGAGAUUGAGGGCUUCAAUUUCGGUGAAAUGAGAAUCUACCAGGUGCACACUUUGGUGCCUCUGGUCGUAAAGCUCGACGAUUUAAGCGGGGAAAAUCAAGAACUUCGCACCAGUUUGAUGAACUGCCUAACAAACAUAAUCUCUCACAUGUAUCUAUCGGAUGAGAAAGGCUUGCGAUCCAUAUUGGUGGUGGUGCUGCAACAAGUUCGUGACUCCAAAGCAGCUGUAUUAAGACCCAAUCUAUCCGAGGAAAUCAAACUAGCGGCAGUUUCCUGCAUAGUGGAGGCAUUGCGUCGUUCCACGACCGAUGUUCUUGAAGCAUUCUACGGAAAGGAUUCCGUUGUGAUCAUAGGUCAAAUUCUUCUUACCCUUCUGGAGCUAAUUGAACGGGAAAAGUAUCGCAAGUUGGUACAAUCCGCAUUGGAUUGCCUGAUGGUACUUUUCUACGUCCACGACGAGGCGGAUCCAGUUGAUGUUGUACUGCGCAGUCAAGUGGCCAAUACCAUAUUCAUUUUCCUACCCAAAGUGCUAGUGGUGUUAUUUAAAACAUCGCUAAAAGACGACAAAGUGGGUGAGUCCAUUAAAUCGAGUGCUGUUAAGGCGUUAGGUCGGAUCAUCUGCAUUAUGUUUGAGGAGACUACAGACGAGUAUUUCAAACUUCGAUAUGACGUUGAAGCCUUUCGAGAUCUUUUUCGGAGUUCGUCAGAGAAUUUUAUUCAACCCAACGAUUACGUUUAUUUCGGGAGCCGGAAAUCAUCUGCACAGGAAAAUGAGGAGCGACUAGAACAGAUGCAGACCGAACUCCGGUCUCCCAAAUGGGUUUCAGCUACCGCACAACGGCUGCGCGCUAUCUUUGUGGAUACCAGCAUACUUCGUGCCCAUAGUAGCAUCAAAGUGCGCUCAGCCUAUGCAGAUAUGUGCUGCAUGCUGAUUACUCACUGUUCCCACAAUUUGCAACACAAUUUCAUCCACAUCCUUGAGAGCGUUGUGGCCUUGUCUCAAGACGAGGAACCUACAAUUGCAGAGCGUUGUAGGCAAACACUGAGUGAUCUUCAACAGCGAGCUACCUGCCAAGGCAUUUUUGAGGAAACUGCAGAACUUCUCCUGGACACUUAUCUCAACAAAUGGCCAAGAAUUCUACAGCGUUGUGAGGAAAAUGAGCAAUUUGCAUUGCUACUCUUUUUUAAGGGCUUUCUCAGCAAUGUCAGCGUUGAGAAAUUACAGGUCUUUCUUCUAGUGCCAAAAAAUUUGGAGAUGUUUGUUACUUGCCUGUUAAUGGGGCUAUGUCUGCUCACCACUCGUGACCUUCUCAAGGAAGACUACACAUUACAUAGCGUUCAGGACGAUAAGCCCACAAAGAUGGUCAAAUUGAUCUGGCGUCAGUUCAAAUACCUGACCUCACAACGUUGUAUAGAUGCUUUAUUUGAUAUACUUAUUUUGUUGGGAACUGAACCCUUACUAAAUCGGUUAUUCUUUGAUUAUGGGCUAGAACUGAUUGAACAACGCUCAGCUUCAAUGAAUGAAUGCAUUUUUAUGCUAACUGUGAUGAUAACUCCUCGCCACAGAGAAGCACGUGAUAGUCGCUUGGUAUUAGCUGAUUUACUGUUGGAACAGCUGCUGAGAGACGAGCACUGGCAACUGGCGCUGCAGCCAGAUGCAGCUUGGAGACUUAAAGUGAAUAAGCCCUCGCACUGGUUUGAAGAACGAACUCCUGGCCUCUACACAUCAGCCGUUGAGGUACGCACCCAAGACUGUGAUUCCGAUGAUGAGGAUGACCAUGUGUCUAGACGCAUAACCAUUUCGGAUGCUCAGUUUAACGUACUACAUACUUGCUUGGUCCUGGAUGCUGUGGGACAUUGUGCAAGUUUUAUAGGCGACACUUUCGAUCGUCAUAUAUUCCGGAGUCUGUAUAAAGUUUUACUGAAAUUGGCAAAUAAUAAUACCCAUGUCCAGCAAGCAGCCACUUUUGCUUUUGUGUCCAUGCAGUUGGCCCUAAAAUAUGCAGAGACCUCUCACUUUAUCGAAUGCUCCACGGACUACCUUACAUUCCAUCUAAAUGCACUGCUUAAAAGGUCGCCUGAAAGCAGUGCGGCCGUCGAUAUACUCACUGUGAUCCUCCAGUAUAGUACAAAAUGUAAUGUGCCUCAUCUGGACAGCAUUUUCCAGACCAUACAAGAGGAGUGCACAAAGGCUCAUCAGACAGACAAUGUUUACUCGUAUCUUCGAGUAUUCAAUGCAUUCCUUAAGCACGUGUCUAGUUGGAAAAAUGAUACUAGCAACGAAAUUAAUGAGAUGCCCAUGCAGAUUGAUACAGAACCUGAGCAGGAGCAGAGUAUUUUAACCACUUGGCUAAAUGUACUCAAGAGACCAGCGUCUGAAUUACUUGAACCUCCAGAGAGGGCAAAUAUCAAUCCAGAAGAGAAAAUUGGAGAAACUGAUGCGGAGGAGGCAGAAAGCGAAACAGAGGUAGAACCCAGCAAACCUGUUUUGCCUCGCCAUAUUGAAAUGACGAAGGAGAUUUUAAGCCAAGUGGUCAAAUUUCUUCCCAACUUUGAGCAAAGUCAACAGAUUUUGGCAUUGGAAUGCCUAUCAACCGGUGUACCAAUCCUCUCAGAGUACGAGAACGAAUUGCUACCUCUGAUUCAUCUCAUCUGGCAACCACUGAUGGAGAAGUUUCGUCAAAAGGAUGCAUUAGUGCUGAAUCGUUGCUUCUCUUUGUUACAUUUAAUGGGUGUACACGCAAAGGACUUUAUACUUAAACGUAGUCUGAGUGAUGUUGUGCCACAAUUGAAGCAAUUCCUACGGGCAGCUAGUCAACACAGCAGCUUGGAGACAUCAAAAGCUCAAACUCAGGAGUAUAAAUUGCAAUUGAAGCUAUUGCAGAGCUUACCAGACUUUAUACAAGGCUUGCAGGUGGACGGAAAGCAUUUACAUGAGCUACUAGAUACUGUGGCGCUAUAUCUGUCAGAGAUUCAACCCAAAGAACUGCAAUUAUUGGCUGGGCAGUGCUUUCAACAACUUGUGCCAUACAAUGGGCCCUUCAUAUAUAUAACACUGCUCCAAAGAGCUCAUCUUAAGGAUUAUAAAGUCAAUGUGGACAAUAUAUUGAAAGCAAUGGGUUUCAGCACAGCAAAUGAAAUUGAAAUCAAUUAUACCUAAUAAAAAAAAUUUAUAAACUGUUUUGAAUAGAUUUUAAA